GGACUGCGAUGAAGGUUUGCCAUACCUAGAAGGAAUCCUACACUUUCCCCUUGGCUUCCUUCGAGACCCCAGACUACUAUAUCCCCGACCGAAUCCCUCAUAAUGUUUAAUAUUUCCUCCUGAAAUGUCAAAUCGCCCCAAUGAAGGGCUUGCGUUCGCCUUUCCCGCUGGUACUCGCGGUAUUAGGAUGUUUGGGAAGAAGUAUCUUGGCCGACGGAUACGGCCUCACCAGACGUGCUGUCGAUAAUCCCGGUCCCGAUAGUUUUAUCCGGCAUCGAUAUCCUUCAGUCGUGCCAUUUGGUGAUUAUGUCUACAUAGACGGCGGUCAAUUAUUUCAGAGGAGCAGCGGAAAUGGGACGAGUAGUACUCUGUCGAAUCCAUAUACUCCCUAUGCCGCAAGCUCAACGCUUUCCCUGAAUCUGAACGAAUCAUGGACGAACGAGACGGUCGAAUUUCGUACGAUCCCGAAGACGGCACCGCUCCUUGGGCAGCAAGUAUACUGGACUGAUCAUUCGUAUACACCGGGAGCGUUUUAUGUUUGGGGUGGAAUGACGAUGGACAACGGAUCGCCACCACCGGAGGACCAGUUCUGGUAUUUUAAUACCGAUGGCUCGGGUGGCGGGUCGUGGCUACAGCUUUCACAGGGCAAUUACCGCAAGUUUUCACAACUUCUGCGUCCAGCCGGCGCAUCAUUCACGCAAAGUGCCAACGUGGGCUAUUCGUUUGGUGGCCAAGCCACUCGGCGCAGCGAUGUUUCGAUUCAGAAUGACGGUCCUGGCUCCGCUGUGACCGGAGUUGUAUCCUACAAUUUCCAGACCAACCAAUGGACUAAUCAUAGCUCUAAAUCGUUUGGACAGUACGGUACUAGCUUGUACGGUUGUGCUGAAUAUAUUCCGUUUGGGCCUAACGGAUUAUUGGUCUUCCUCGGCGGCGCCGAAGCGCCCGUAGACAUCAUGGACGAUAAUUAUAUUGGCGGUCUCCCUUGGGCCACACUUACGCUAUACGAUCCGGUAACAGAAAAGUGGUACACACAAAGGACGACAGGGGUGUCACCGCCACUGGUCGAAAGAGCUUGCCGCGUCGGUGUUAGGGGGCCCAACAGCACGUACGAAAUAUUCAUAUACGGCGGCUCAUCAGCUAACCGUGCUGGGAAUGCCUUUUCUGAUGUUUACGUAUUAUCUCUACCCGGAUUCGUUUUCUUUAAAUCGAAUUCUUCCGGUACACCGCGCGCUGAUCAUGGUUGCGCAGUGAUCGGCAAGGGCAAGAGACAGAUGUUGAGUUACGGAGGCAUUGACGCUGGUACCGACCUGGGUUUUCAAAAUAUGACUACUGAUCCGUGGAAACAGAGCCUUGGUGUUUACGAUAUGAGCGAGAUGAUAUGGAAAAAUUCGUACGACGUAAAUGCUGCAGAUUACGAGAGUCCUGCGGUGGUGAGGGAUUGGUAUGCCCAAGGAAAUAUGGAAACUAUGACCUGGGAUAGUAAUGAGGUCAAAGCACUAUUUGUGAAUGGUACCUUAGGCUCAUACGGUCCGGUAGACGACCCUCCUGUGAUGGAUAAUCCGCCGAAAAGCUCUUUGAACUCGGCGCAAAGAAUAGGUGCUAUUGUCGGCGGCACUGUAGGGGGAAUGUUGGUGCUUACGGCCGUUGCCGUUGCCAUAUUUUUAAUGCGGCGAAGAAAACGUCGUCGCAACCGAAGCAGUCAAGCUGGUAGCAGCACGAUAAAUGAAUACAGGCCAGAGCCGUGGCCGAAAGAUUCACCGCGAAUGCGGUCGACUACGCCAGGGACGAUAAUGACGUUCGGAUCCUCGCCGACUCCGGUGGAACCAGUAGAAAUAAGUGGUACGACAAGAGGAGAAUUACCUGCGGAGGAUGUAGAAUGGACAUACGAACUUCCAGUUCCCACGCCUCAUUCCACCCCACGGCUAAGGCCAGAGCUUCCAGCUGGGAGGUUUUCACAAUAAUAAGGGGUAGGGGUAGUUGAUACUAUUUUGCAAAGAGAAAAUAAAUAAAUAAAUUUAGUAUAACUCAUCGUUAAUCUGGUCAGCUAAGACGACUUUUUCAUAAAUUUAUGAGACGAAGCAUACCGAGACAGAUCGGUCAUA